AUGUCGCCGGCUACUGAAAAGAAGAACCUGCCUACGCGGAAGGCGAACGUGGCCAAGAAGGUCGUGCAGAAGGGUAGCUCGGGUCAGCAGCGUGUGCGCAAGGUGUACACCUCGCCCUCUUUCCACCGCCCUAAGACUCUCCGUCUUGCGCGCAACCCGAAAUACCCUCGCAAGAGUGCCCCUCAUGCGCCGCGCACUGACGCUCACAAGAUUCUCUUGUUCCCUCUGAACACUGAGAGCGCCAUGAAGAAGAUUGAGGAGGUGAACACUCUUGUCUUCAUUGUUGACCGCAAGGCCAACAAGCGCCAGAUUAAGCAGGCGCUGAAGAAGGUCUACGACGUCGACGCUGCCAAGGUGAACACGCUCAUCCGUCCCGACGGCAAGAAGAAGGCGUUCAUCCGUCUGACUGCGGACGAGGAUGCUCUUGACGUGUCGAACCGCAUUGGUUUCAUUUAA